AUAUGCACACGUAUCCCUCCAAAUAACCCCUGUGCCGUUCUUUUUCGGCUCAUUAGCUGCCCCCCUUAAUCCCUUGCCUUAACCAGCUAGCUACCAGCGCGAUCAUCACCCAUCAACCCUUACCGCCUUCCUCAGCCAGUGUAAGAAUAGCCCAACCCAGGGUGUCGGCUAAUCGCGGCACGUGCAUUGCAGGGGCCUGCGCAGCUAUAUAGCAUGCAGCUCCUCCGCCUCUCGCCGCCGGCGAGGGCGCCCUUCGGCGGCCUGCACGCCGGGCCACUGCUUCCCGUUCUCCUCAAAGGUCCAUGCCGUAGCCGCGGGAAAGGAAAAGAUGCGGCCGCAGCAGCAGCAGCCGUGGUGGAACCCGCCGGCACGCGCGUCGCUGGCCGGAGGAUGGCUCACCCCACAGCCGUAUCCAGUGCUAAAGGGAUACAAGCCAAAACCGCCGGAAACGAGGUUCAGAUUUUAGAACGGCCCGAAGAACGCGACCUCGACGACGACUACCCCGUGAUUCCCGAGGUUCCAGGGGCAGCAGACUCCCAGCCGCUGAUCAGCCAAGUCCGGUCCAUGCUUCGUUCAAUGGGGGACGGCGACAUCAGCAUCUCCGGCUACGACACGGCCUGGGUGGCCCUGGUUCCUCGGCUCGACGGCGGGGAAGGGCCGCAGUUCCCGGCCACGCUCCGUUGGAUCUCCAGCAACCAGCUCGCCGACGGCUCCUGGGGCGACUCCGCCCUGUUCUCCGCCUACGACCGGAUCACCAACACCCUGGCCUGCGUCGUGGCUCUCACCAAGUGGCAUCUCGGCCCCGGCCAGCGCGCCGCGGGGCUCCGUUUCCUGGAGGAGAACGUGUGGCGGCUGGCCGAGGAGGACCCCGAGUCGAUGCCCAUCGGGUUCGAGAUCGCGUUCCCGGCUCUCCUGGAGGCCGCCCGGAGUCUGGGCAUCGUUGGGUUCCCGUAUGACCAUGAGGCUCUUCAGGGGCUUUAUGCCACGAGAGAAGUGAAGCUCAAGAGGAUCCCGAUGGAGAUGAUGCACCGGGUCCCGACGUCGAUCCUGCAUACACUUGAAGGGAUGCCUGGGGUCGACUGGCACCGGAUCCUCCGGCUCCAGUCCGGGGACGGUUCUUUUCUCUAUUCUCCCUCGGCUACUGCUUUUGCUCUUACGCAGACCGGUGACAGGAAAUGCUUGGAGUACAUCGACGCCAUCGUCAGGAAGUUCGAUGGAGGAGUCCCCAAUGUGUACCCUGUGGAUCUGUUCGAGCACCUGUGGGUGGUGGACCGGCUGGAGCGGCUGGGCAUCUCGCGCUACUUCGAGCAGGAGAUCCAGCAUUGCCUGGACUACGUGAGCAGGUACUGGACCGCAGAGGGGAUCUCCUGGGCGAGGAACUCACACGUCAAGGACGUGGACGACACGGCCAUGGCGUUCCGGCUGCUGCGGACGCACGGAUACGACGUGUCCCCGGCCGUGUUUGACAACUUUGAGAAGGACGGGGAGUUCUUCUGUUUCGUCGGCCAAUCCACGCAGGCCGUCACCGGGAUGUACAACCUCAACAGGGCCUCGCAGGUGAGGUUCCCCGGAGAGGACGUGCUGCGGCGUGCCGGGAAGUUCUCCUACGAGUUCCUUAGGGAAAGAGAAGCCAAGGGCACCAUCCGGGAUAAAUGGAUCAUUGCCAAGGAUCUGCCAGGCGAGGUGCAAUACACGUUGGACUUUCCUUGGUAUGCAAGCCUGCCUCGUGUAGAAGCAAGGGCCUAUCUGGAUCAAUACGGUGGUGACAAUGAUAUCUGGAUUGGAAAGACACUCUACAGGAUGCCACUUGUGAACAACAAUACCUAUCUUGAGCUGGCGAGACGUGAUUUCAAUCGUUGCCAAGUUCAACAUCAGCUUGAGUGGCAUGGCCUGCAAAAAUGGUUUGCUGAGAAUGGCCUCGAGGCUUUUGGGGUGGCUCGAGAAGAUAUUUUGAGAGCUUACUUUCUAGCCGCUGCUUGCAUUUUUGAGCCAACCCGUGCCACAGAACGACUUUCUUGGGCCAGGGUGUCAGUGCUUGCCAACAUUAUUUCCAAGUACCUUGGUAGCAAUUCGUCGGGUAAAAAAAUGAUGGAACGAUUUACGCACAACAGUCUCUACGAAGGAAAUUGUGAUGUAUCAUGGGAGGUGGCGCUGUCCAAUAUUCAACAAAGAGAGCUCAGUUUUAGAAGUACUUCCUCCAUUUCACAAAGGCUUCAGGGAGAUGCAAAGGGAGAAAUUCUUGUGAGGGCACUUCAGCGGCUUAUUGAUUUAUUGGUACAAGAGGCACUACCUAUUGAUGAAGGACCAAUGUACAUCCAAAACUUGUUACAAUCCGCUUGGAUCGAAUGGAUGACGGAGAAGAUAAACACAGAGGAUGAUGUAUAUGGUACUUCAAAUGUGGUGCCAACAGGGUCGUGCAUGGUUCAUGACAAAGAAACAUGUUUGCUUCUAGUUAAAAUUAUUGAGAUUUCUGCUGGACGAAUAGGUGAAGCGGCAUCUAUGAUAAACAACAAGGACGGCACUUGGUUUAUGCAACUCUCAUCUUCUAUUUGUGACAACCUUCACCACAAGAUGUUACUUUCUCAGGAUGCUGAGGAGAACAAGGCGACAAUUAGCCACAUGAACAGGAAAAUUGAUUUGGGUAUGCAAGAACUUGUCCAAAAUGUUCUUUGGGAAGAUGAUGACAAAACAAGCAAAAAGACGAAGCAAACCUUCCUGAGUGUUGUGAAAAGUUGUUACUAUGCUACUAAUUGCCCUCCAUAUAUAGUUGAUAGACAUGUUUCAAAAGUUAUUUUUGAGCAUGUUGUUUGAAAGAUUCCCUAUCGCGUACAGUUUUUAGGGUCGUGUGUGAGAUUUAGUAAGGACAAAGAAAAAAUGUUGAAAAGAGUGCAAGGAAGGAUGCAUAAACAAAAAUUUAACCACGGGAUGUUAGUGUAAGACUUUUCAAGUUAAUGUGGAUCUUAGCUUGAGGCCGCUAUUUGUAGGA